AUGGGGAAGAUGGAACGCUGUGCGAGCUUCUCAUCACUGUCCCUCUUCAACGAGGACAUGAGAGGGUCAAAUCUAAAACCAAUUCAGAAGUUCAUCCGGCACCAGUCAGACCGAUAUGUCAAGAUUAAGCGAAACUGGCGGAAACCCAGAGGUAUUGACAACAGGGUGCGGAGAAGAUUCAAGGGCCAGAUCCUGAUGCCCAACAUUGGUUAUGGGAGCAACAAGAAAACCAAGCACAUGCUGCCUAGCGGCUUCCGGAAGUUUCUGGUCCACAACGUCAAGGAGCUGGAGGUGCUGCUGAUGUGCAACAAGUCUUACUGUGCUGAGAUUGCUCACAAUGUUUCCUCCAAGAACCGAAAAGCCAUCGUGGAAAGAGCAGCACAGCUGGCCAUCAGAGUCACCAAUCCCAACGCUAGGCUGUGCAGCGAAGAGAAUGAGUAGAUGGCUUGCG